UCUAUGACUCCUCUAGGGAGCUCCCACAGCCGAGUGCCGCCGUACACGCGCGGCACCUAUCCGCUAUCAUUCUUGGCGGCUGUCAAACGUCUGGUAGGAGCCAUUAAUUAUCCAUGUAAUCCAUAUAAUUAUCUUUCAAACUACCAUCAGGUGAGGAGGAGCAUUCUCGAGUCUGUCGAAGGCGGUCGGGUGUAUCAGAGACUGAUCAACGCCCGUAAGAAGACUCGGCAGCUCUCAAGAGACAUGGAUAGCAUCUUUGACAAUUUGGCCCUCUAUGAGCGUCAAGGGCACGCAGGCGAGGUGAACGUCCCUGUACGUUUCCUGGCCGGGAGGGGUAAGGCUCAAGCAAAGAAGAAGGAGGAGGAGAAAAUCAGCGCUGCGGAGGAGGACCAAGUCGCGAAGCUAGCGGACAGUCUUGGGGCAGCGAUUGAAUCCCGAGACAAGGAGAAGAUAACUGCUGAGGAAGAGGAGGGAGUCGAGAGGCUGACGGACAGUCUUGGGGCAGCGAUCCAAUCCCGAGAGCAGGAGAACAUGAGCGCUGAGGAGGAGGAGGAGGAGGAGGAGGGAGUUGAGCAUCUGGUGGAUAGUUUGGCGGCCGCGGUCGCUCGACACAAGGGAGGUGGAAAUGACAGUGGGGAGAGGGAACGCAGUGCCGACAACACUGACAAGGACGUAGACCGUCUCGUAGAUGUGCUGGCCGACGUGAUGGCCGCCAACAGGGCCUCAAAGCGGGGUGGUAGCCCGCAGAGCUUUACCAACAUGACCGCCGUAAGUAAAAGUGACACCAACGCUCACUCACGUGGUACUUACUGUACAUGCAGCCAUUGCAUGCAUUGCCUACCUAUGUAUGUACGUACUUGUGCGUCGGUUGCUGUUUCCUUUAUUGUGCGUCUCGCUUCUCAGUCGAUGGCUCAUGCUGGUGUGGCCGCCAGAGUGCUGCUGGAUCUGCAGAAAGCCCCUUGCAGCCAACUCGCAUGGCACGCCGUACGUGAGACGGGCACGUCAACUGUCGACACGCAAGUGAGUGAGACACGGGCCCUUCUCCCCUCCCUCCCUCCCUCCCUGUAUCUAUCUCUGUAUGUAUGUAUGUAUGUAUGUUCAUGUUGGUGUGGUGUGUAUGCAUUGCAGGUCCUGCAGCGCUUCGCGUCGUCCCUGGCCACAUCGAUGGCGAAAGGGCUCCCCCUGCCACACACAAGCCCUGCCACAAACAAAAAGAGGCUGGACAAGAAUGCCUUUAUGCGGUGCUGAAACAGUGCAACCACCGUGGCGUCUGACGAUUGUAAGU